AAAUAAUCAAAAUGUCUUUUCCUCUCUCUGAAAAACCAAUAUUCAAUAGUUGAACUAAGUGGGUGUUUUCUUGAAGGUUCAUGAAAUGAUCAAUUUUCCGAGGAAUAUAUGCACAGGAUGCGUGAAUGAGCUAGAAGAAAUAUUGAUGUUUAUGGAAAACACAAAGAGUAAUGAUGCUGAAUUGGAAAUUGAAUCGAUUCUGAAGAAAGAAGCAACAGACGAAAACAAUAAAGAGGAUAUAACUCGAUAUGGACCUCAACUUUGUCGAAUUUGUUCAUCUCCAAGUAAUGUAACAGCAAUCAAAGAAAGAACACAUCUGAUUCAGCUUGUUAAGAAUGUUACCAACAUUGAUAUUAAAGACGAAAUCUUCUCGUGUGACUCCUGUAUAGGCAAAUUAGAAAGCAUAUAUUUAUUUGUCGCUUCAUCCCUAUGUAAUGAGGACAAACUUAGAAAUGCACUUACAAAUACUGGAGCUGUGGAAACUGAAAGUUUUUCGAAUCCCAUUUCAGUUGAAUCGUCAGUGAGUGACGAUUUGAAAGUGACUGUUAAUGAUGCGACAAAAGAAGAAAAUAUCGAACACGAAUUUGAGGAUGAACAUAAGGAAAUUGUUGACAUUAAGAAAGAAAAUAUCGUCACUGAGGAAGAAGGCAGUAUUGAUGUCGAAGAAGAAAUGAACAAAAUGGAACUAUCAGUUUCUAAUAUCGUCAUCAACUAUCAAAUUGGAUUAAAGCUCCCUUUAAAACCCACAGCGGCAAGACCAUUCCAAUGCGAUUUCUGUAAACAAUGUUUCGUUACCAAAAAUUCUAUGAAACAGCAUAUAAUCGCUGGGAAAAAAAAUCCGCCACAGUGUCAUUUGUGCGAUAAAAAAAUUGUUCAAAAUUGUGAACUGAAAGAUCAUUUACUCACUCACACUAAAGAAAAACCAUUCGAGUGUAUUUUCUGUAGAAAUCGUUACCCUGAAAAGGCAAUGUUGCAAGAACAUUUACUCACUCACACUAAAACGGAAUGUUACCAAUGUCAGUUUUGCAAAGAAAACUACAAUCAGAUGAAUGAAUUGAAAGAUCAUUUACAAACUCACACCAAGGAAUUGCCAUUCCAAUGCCAUAACUGUCAAAUGCGUUUCUCUAGAAAAGAUAUUUUGAAACGGCAUUUGCUCACUCAUUCUGAAGAAAAAUCGUACGAAUGUGAAUACUGCAAAAAAUGUUUCGUUAAUGAAAGUCGUUUGCAGAAGCAUCUGAUAACUCACAAUGAAGUGAAGCCAUACAAAUGUAAUUACUGCGACAAAGGUUUUUUUCGGAAGGGUCAUUUAGAUGUUCAUUUGCGCAAUCACACUGAUAAAAAGGGACUCGAAUGCCCUUUCUGCAAAAAAUCUUACGAUUUACUCAGAAAUUUCAAAGACCAUGUGCGCAGUCACACCGGAGAAAGGCCAUAUAAGUGUGACCUCUGCGAAAAGGCUUUUUAUCGGAAGUGCAAUUUGAAACAGCAUUUGCAAACCCAUUCCGACAAAAAGUCGUCCGAAUGUGACUAUUGCAAAAAACAAUUCUCUUCCGCAGGCAAUUUGAAAAAACAUUUACUCAUUCACUUGGGAGAAAAGAAACACGAAUGCAGUGUUUGCAAAAAGCUGUUCGUCUCUGAAAGCCUCAUGAAAGAUCACAUACGUUCCCAUGUUGAGAAACACAUGUGCAAGUUAUGCAAGAAGUGUUUCACUACGAAACAAAGUUUGGAGCGACAUUUUCUCAUCCACACUGGAGAGAAACCCUUCGAAUGUCAUCAUUGUCAAAAAAGAUUCAAUCAAAAGGGUAGUUUGAAGGAACAUUUACGCAUUCACGUGGACAAAAAUCAAGUUUAAGCCUAAUUCUGAUAGUCCGGUCAAUUUAGACAUUCGAAGCUACCUAAAUUCCCACCAAGCUGAAAAUCAGUAAGAUUGUUUAAA